AUGGAUUCUUGCAGGAUCCCUGCAAACGCCUCCAAGUGCAGUGGAAGCACCAUGGAGUGCUUCAUGGUGCUCAGCACGCAGGCACAGAAAAUAAGCAUUGGUAUCCUGUGUGGCCUCUUUGGGACAAUGUGUGUUUUUGAGAACUCUCUGGUGCUCUACCUGAUUUUCUCAUCCCCUGGGAUCAGGAAAAAGCCUUCCUACCUCUUCAUUGGCAGCCUGGCCCUGGCUGACAUCCUGGCCAGCAUCAUCUUUGUCUGCAGCUUCGUGAACUUCCACGUGUUCAACGAGGCUGGUUUCUCCAAGGAGGUGUUCCUGCUGCAGCUGGGAGGGGUGAACACGUCCUUCUCAGCCUCCCUCAGCAGCCUGCUGCUCACAGCCCUGGACCGCUACAUCUCCAUCAGCCGGCCCUCGGAGUACAAGCUCCUGAUGACCAGGAAAAGGGCCUGGACAGCCCUGGCAGUGCUCUGGGUGACCUGUGCCACCAUUGCUGGCCUGCCCCUGCUGGGCUGGAACUGCUGCACGCUGGAUUCCUCCUGCUCCGAGCUGUUCCCCUUUGUGGAUGACAAUUACCUGUCGGGCUGGAUCUGCUUCGUCGUGGUGCUGCUGGGCUGCAUCGUCUGCGCCUACGCCCACGUGCUCUGGAGGGCUCGCCAGCACGUGGCCUACAUGGAGCAGCACCAGGCACAGGCAGGGAAGCAAAACAGCCGGAUGAGGAUGGACGUGAUGCUGGCCAAGACCCUGGCCAUGGUGCUGGCUGUCCUCAUGCUCUGCUGGUCCCCCGUGCUCGUGCUGAUGAUCUACAGCAUCUUCGGCAGGCUGAGCGACCACCUGCGCAAGGUGUUCGCCUUCUGCAGCACCCUCUGCCUGCUCAACUCCAUGGUCAACCCCAUCAUUUACGCCCUGAGGAGCAAGGAGCUCUUCUCCUCCCUGAGGAGAGUGUUGUCCCACUUCAGGAGGCUGCUGAAGGCCCCUGAGGAGAGCCCAGAAGCAGAGAGCACCCACAAGUCCUCUGUGAUAGAGACUGUCUGCGAGGACACGCACGCCAUGUAG